GGGAGUCGUCUGGUGCCCGCGCUGAGAUCUCUUGUUCCUCCCAGGUAGGAGCCGCCGGAGACCUGCAGGGAGCUGACCGCACGCCGAACACCGCGCUGGACGCGCGCCUCGGCGCGGAGGAGAGACAAUGGGUUUUGCCACAAGAAGAUGGUUCUACCUACCACUGGGCUGCAUGAUGUUGAUCAAUCUGAUGAAUGCUGAUUUUGAAUUUCAAAAGGGAGUGCUUGCCAGCAUCAGCCCAGGCAUCAUGAAAGAUAUUGAUUUCCAGUGCUGGAAUGCUUGCUCUUUGACGUUGAUAGAUCUCAAGGAACUCAAGAUACAGCACAAUGUAGAUGCUUUCUGGAAUUUCAUGUUGUUCUUGCAAAAAUCCCAAUGGCCUAGACAUUAUAAUGUCUUCUUAAGCAUAGCUCAGGAUUUCUGGGACAUGUAUGUAGACUGCUUGCUUUCACGAUCUCAUGGAAUGGGCAGAAGACAGGUGAUGCCUCCCAAGUAUAAUUUUCCACAGAAGGUAACAGGAGGUAAUUUAAAUGUGUAUUUAAGAGAACAACAGGUUUAGUAUUUUAAAAAAUUAAGUAUUUAAUCCUUAUUUGCUAACAAAUUUGCCCAAUUUUUUCUAACAAGAUUGACUUUGAUUUUCAUUUUUACUGAUUAUGUAUUAUUAGAAACUGCAGGAGCUCUGAUAUGCAGAGAUCUAAAUUAUCUUGAGAUAUAAUGCAUUUGGUAGAUCAUUAAAAUUAUUACCUUAUUUUCUCCAUGGAUAGUUAGUUCAUAAGAAAACUAUUUAAUACCACAAUCAUUCCCAUUACAUUUAUUGAAGAAAUUUUAAACAUAGGACAUAUAGUUAGGUUUUUAAAUUUUUUUCCAUAGGAUUAUUUAAAAGGAAAACAUCUUAAGAGUCACAUUAGAGUGACAAUAAUUUCUCCUCUCUAAUAUUAUAGGACUGGAUUUUACAAAACAUGAGUUUUACGUAUGAGAGAGAGAACGUGGAAAAGACCUCAAGCAAGGGGACAUCAACCUGAACAUUUAAUCUGUCAGUAUUUCUGAGGUCAAAUAUUUCCUGCAGUAUUUAUCAAAAUUGUUAUUUCUAAUUCUUUAAUAUUUAUGAAAGUUGCAUUUGUGUUGCUGUGUAAGUGCUUUAUGGCUUUUGAAUUAGCAUUUCUGUCUUUUCAAGUAAUUUGUCAAUUUUUUUUGGUCAAUAAUUUUUUAUUUGGAAGGCAUCUUUGUAAAGCAUUUUUAAAGAAAACACUUAAAAUGCAAAUGCAAUAUAUUUUUAAAUACAGUAGUCAAUGGAGUAAUGCUGUAACUAAUUUUAUAAGAUAUCUUAUACAUAAUGUUGACUUUAAAACUGUGCCAGAAUUAAUGCCAGUAUUGUCCUAAAAGGUAAUAUUUAAUCUUGAUGUAAUAUACCAAGUGGCUUCUGAAAUGUGCAUUUUAUCACCAAGCCAUCCCUUAUAUUAAAGUGU